AUGUGGUCGCUCAUCUGUAUCGCCGAUUAUCCCACUGCAAAGACCUUGAACGGGACAUAUCGGGGUCAGUAUCUUUCCGAGUAUCAGCAGGACCUUUUUCUGGGAAUCCCUUUUGCGCGUCCGCCGUUGGAGGAUCGACGAUUUGCCAAUCCGGAGUCCUUGAAUGCCUUGUGGACGGGAGCCCGCCCUGCGACCAAGUAUGCCUUUGAGUGUAUUGGCUACGGUGGGGAUCAGAAAGGGUACCUCCAGAGCGAGGAUUGUCUCUAUCUGAAUGUGAUUCGGCCCUCUGGCUACAAGAAUGGAAGUCUGCCAGUGUUGGUAUGGAUUCAUGGUGGCGGCUUCAAAGAAGGAGGCACUCCCGACAAGCGAUACAACCUGACCUUCAUUGUCAAUAACUCCGUCAUAAUCGAUCAACCAAUCAUCGGAGUGAGUAUUGCUUACCGUCUGGGGCCCUUCGGUUUUCUGAACGGCGACGAGGUGGCUGCCAGCGGGGCGUUGAACCUCGGUCUCAAGGACCAGCGACUGGCUCUGCAUUGGAUCAAGGAGAACAUCGCAGGAUUUGGAGGCGAUCCCGACAAGAUCACUAUCUACGGACAAAGCGCGGGGUCGGAGAGCGUGGGCUACCAUCUUCGCGCAUUCAAUGGGCGGGACGACGAGCUGUUCCGGGCAGGGAUCAUGGAGUCUGGCCCAGUCAUUCCGCAAGGGCCGUUGAACCUGACCUCCGAGUAUCAAGAAAGGUUCGAUGGGAUUGUCGCAGCCGCCGGCUGCAGCAGCCACCAGAACUCCACCAAACUGGACUGUCUGCGCGACCUCCCCUUUGCCACCUUGAACAACAUUCUCAAUACCACUACGUACAACACCGGGUGGGAACCCACCGUCGACGGUGAUUUUGUGGCCCGCUACCCCAGCCAACAGCUGGAAGAUGGUGCCUUCGUGCACGUGCCGAUCAUUGCCGGCACGACGACCGACGAGGGCACGACGCAGUGUCCGAAGCCUGUCAAUACCUCUCUCGAGUUGCGGGGCUGGAUGACCGCUCUGAACAACACCAUCGCCACCCGCCUGCUCACCCUCUACCCCAACACAACGACCUUCGGCAUCCCCUCCCCCAAGGAGCUGGGCGGCACCAACAUCACCUUCCCGCAGCCUUACGGCGCCAGCUUCCGGCAGACAGCCGCCUACUACGGCGACCAGGUCUUCAUCGCCUCGCGACGGCGCACCUGCGAGGUCUGGGCCGCCCGCGGGAUCCCCGCGUACUGCUACCGGUUCAACACCAAGCCGGCGGGUCUCGCGUGGGAGGUCGGCGUGGAGCACUUCUCCGACGUGGCCUUCAUCUUCAACAACCUUGCCGGCGAAGGCUAUGACCCAAGUCCCUUUGCGAGGAUGCCGGCCAGCUACACCGAGCUCAGCUAUCUAAUGGCCGGCUCGUGGGCAAGCUUCGUCACAAGUCUCGAUCCCAAUGCCUGGCUAGGACGCGGGCGCAACGCCACCCGGGACGGGGUGCAGUGGCCUGUUUAUCGCGUUGACGCGCCGGUGAUUGUGGUCUGGGAUGCGAAUGUGACUACCUUUGUGGAGCGGGAUGACUGGCGGAAGGAGGGGAUUCGGUUGAUCCAGAGUUUGGCGUUGGAGUAUGGGCGUUAA